AUGACUUUACUCCCUGGUACCAGAGUGUCAAAUGAACGCCUCAUCUUCGUUAAGAACGUCCCGAGCUACGUCGACGACGAUCAGGUUGCUGAGUUGUUCUCUCCCUACCGCCCGGUAAGUUACAAAAACAUCUACAAAGGGAGCAGUAUCACAACAAUUGUCGUUGGCUUCCGGACCACGGGCGACGCAGCGCGUGCCCAACGUGAGACAGAUGGGAGGUGUCUAGGCAGCGCCAUCAUCAAAGUGGAAAUGUAUGAGCAGCGACGUUCGAUCCGCUAUAUCAGAGAUCACGGAAACAACAGUACACCAUGGGAUGUUGAGCAGGAGGAAGGAUACGAAGCCGAGCAGCCUGACGAGGAAGUUCCGCCAAAGGAAGUCACCACAAACUUCUCGCCUUUGUACCCGGCUCCAGUCAAACUGUCUAGUACAGCUACACAGGGUACCACAUGGGCGCACAUUGCAAGCAACCGAUACACCCAAGGAGUCACUAAGGAACCCGCCAUCAUCAAAGCAGACUCGGCGCCGAGUCCCGCUUCAACGCCUAUCGCGACGCCGCAGAUCUCGACCGCUAUCCUCGUCAAACCUAUUGAGGCAGAAGCUCAAGACUCACCACCAUCAUCUCCGGUAGUAGUGGUCUCGCCUGGCGACACUACCAUUGUCGCGACAUCUGAACCACUUGUUCGUGAUGAACCGUCCAGCGACGGGACCCAUGAACCACAAACGGAAUAUCAAAUUAUGCGGUGGAGCGGGAUUCUGAAAUGGGCACAGCACGUUGGGAACGAUGGUACUCAAGAGAUGCAGUCUGGGCCGGUUGCGCCAAUUGAUACAACGGUACGUAUUCGACAAGUCCAUUGUCGUGAUUGUGCUUUUUGCAAGUCGAUGGAGAGAGUGCGUAAUGGGCGUGAGUAA